AUGGUGCCCAGCGCCGAGCCUACCAUCGCCAACGUGUGGAUCCAGGCCGCCGAGCUGCGUCCGUCGCUGCUGUGGGAGAGCGUCACGGUUGAACGUCGCUGUGUCGACGAUGAGCCGGUCACCGCCGCCGUCGCCGCCGUCGAGGACGUCGACGGCCACUCCACCACCGCCGCCGAUGAGGUCGCCGUUGUCACCCCCGCCCCCACCCACCACCCCCUCGCCCCCCUCCUCGCGCUCGUCGACGCCCACCCCCUCACUAUCCUCGGCGCCAAGGUGCCCCUCGCUGCGGCCGAGUACAGCCUCAAGGUCGAGGGCAUGGCCGUGCUGGACAAUGGGCCGGGGUUGCUCUUUGUGAUCAAGGCGUGGGCGUUUCCAGCCUUCAAGCUCCCGACCAUCCUGCGCGCCGUCGACGCCUGCCCCCUCGCCCACCUAAGCCUGGUAUGCGACCCGCACCCAUACUACCUCGAGCGCGUGUUCUGGGCGCUCGGCACGCGCGGCCCGCCCCGCUCCCUCAUGUUCCUACACGAGCCGGAGGCGACCCACGUCCCGCCGAUAGUCGAGUUCCUCAAGUCGCCCCGCAGCUUUGGCCUCGAGUCGCUCGUCAUGUCCGGGCGCAGCCUCACUGCCGCCGACCUGUCGGCCAUCGUCGACGCCGUGCGCGACUUCAACCCCACGCUCAGCGCAGUCAACAUGUGCGAGUGUAAGAGUAAGCGCCUGGCCUCGUGCGCGUGCCAUGGUCUCGGGGACGACGGCGAGGCGUGGGACCGCCAGGUGCGCCGGCUGGCCGUGUACCUCGAGCGCAACGCCAUCCUUACCAAGAGGGUGAGGCGCGCGGCGGUGCGCUCGCUCGUCCUGGCGCGUGUCGUCGCAGGUGGACGCAGCGUGGGGGGCGUGGCGAACGGUAGUGCCGGCGAUGAGGUUAACGGUGCGAACGGCAGCGUCGCGAACCGUACGGGCAACGACAUCCACAAGGCCGCGACGAACGGCGCCGGCGCCGACGCCGACGCCCACACCCGCGCCGCCCCGUUCCCCCUCCUCGAGCUCCCACCACACCUCCGCGCCAACAUCAUCCGCCACGCGUCUGCCGACCCCCUGGCCCUAACGGAUGAGCAGUGGUCCAAGCUGUUGAGCCACGUCGAGGACCCGGCCUCGCUCGGGCGCCUCGCCGCCGGCGUUUGCGAGGCACGCACCGCAGGCAUCACGUUCCCCCUCGCGCUCGGCGAGUGGCUCGGGAACGGCGGGUUCUGGUGGAAGCACCGCGUGCCGGUCGCGUGGCGUGACUGGACGGUGUAG